CGCGUUUCCAUUCUGGACCUGUCCAUGUCAUGUCCCAUGUGAUUGAUAUUUGUCAACCAGAGGCUCUAAUUACUCUCCCCCGGAACCAAUCUAUCCUUUUCUACAAAACUAUCAGACACCAUGCCACCUCGCAAGCGCGCAGCAGCCGAUGACGCCAGCGCUGAGUCUGUCAUCAAGCGACGCUCAACGCGCCAGGCAGCAGCAGCACCAGGGGCCAAGGCUCAGUACGCAGAGUCCGAUUCAGAGGGACCAAGUUCACCUGUGAAAUCAGCAGCGAAAACGACAAAGAAAGCCAAGGGACCAAAAGGGACGGCGCUCCCCGAUGCUGACCAUGUCAAGCCCAAGUCCAAGGGCCCUUCACAAACACACACAGCCGCCAGUAGUUCGAGAGAUGUGACGCCCAAUCCAGAUCCUGAAACCAUUCCCAGGGAGAAUCCGGAUGUUGAGCGCCACGAGGGGCAAUGGUACUGGUUGAUGAAGGCCGAACCCGAGACGCGCAUGGAGAAUGGGCACGACGUGCGGUUUUCCAUCGAUGACCUGAGGGCCUGUGAUAAGCCCGAGGGCUGGGAUGGCAUCAGGAACUAUGCAGCGCGCAAGAAUCUGCGAGCCAUGAACGCAGGAGACAUGGCCUUCUUCUACCAUUCCAACUGCAAGGUACCAGGCAUUGUGGGUACAAUGGAGAUUGUGCGGGAGGCAUCCGAAGACAUCAGCGCCCGCCGACCAGGCACGCCGUACUACGACCCCAAGUCGACCAAGGAGAACCCGAAAUGGAGUCUCGUGCACGUCGAGUUCCGCCGCAAGUUUGCGGUCCCCAUCGCCCUCCCGGAACUACGAGACCUCGGCAAGGACGACGGGCCAUUGGCGAACAUGCAGAUGCUCAAGCUCGCCAGGAUGAGUGUCAGCAAGGUCUCCAAGCAAGAGUGGGAAACGCUCUGUGCGCUGGCGGACAAGAAGGCCAAGGAGGCAGGAUUGGAGCAUGAGGACGCGUGAGU